CAACACCUCACAAAGCCCUUCGCAAUCCCCCAACAACCCAAUUCUAAACUCUCUCUCCACUCCCUCAAAUAUCCUAACCCUCAUCCAAUUUCUCUUCGCUUCUCAAUCUCACAUUUGGGUUCCAACUCUAAACAAUCCAAAUGGGUCUCCGCUGUUGCUGAAGAAACUUCGGUUUCGACACAAAACCCGUCGUCCGAGGCGGCACGGAGAGUUUACAUCGGAAACAUUCCUCAGACUGUCAACAACGAUGAGCUCCGCCAGAUUGUCGAAGAGCACGGUGCUGUCGAGAAGGCCGAGGUUAUGUAUGAUAAGUACUCUGGAAGGAGCCGACGAUUUGCAUUUGUUACGAUGAAGACUGUUGAGGAUGCAAAUGCUGCUAUUGAAAAGCUAAAUGGCACACAAAUUGGAGGGCGAGAAAUCAAAGCAAAUAUAACAGAAAAACCCUAACAAACUAUGGAUUUGCCAUUUUUCCAGUCUGAAGAAUCUGAAUUCAUUGACAGCCCCCACAAAGUUUAUGUCGGCAAUCUUGCAAAAACAGUAACUACAGAGAUGCUCAAAAACUUCUUUGCUGAGAAAGGGAAGGUUCUUAGUGCAAAGGUAUCCCGAGUUCCAGGGACCUCAAAAUCUAGUGGUUUUGGGUUUGUAACAUUUUCUUCAGAAGAGGCUGUCGAAGCUGUAAUCUCAUCCGUAAACAAUGCUUUGCUUGAAGGGCAGAAAAUUUGUGUAAACAAGGCUUAAUUAGCAGAAACUUGGUAUUAACGUGGCAUAGCAUAGUUGGGAGAACUUGGGUUGGGGAGAAUGGUUUGCACUGUAACUGUUGGAUUGAGAAUUGGAUGUUCUUUUUGUAGAGUCAGGGAACAAGAAUUACAAUAUUUAGAGAACAUCAAACUGUUCCCAAAAAGGAAAAGGAAAAAAAA